CUCUCCAGUUUCUCGGUGCCUGCUGUAGGGAAAGAACGUCAGCUCAGCGACAAUGUCUGUGUCCUACUCCUAUUCCUCGUCCAAGAUGUCGGGAGGCGGAGGCGGCGGCGGCGGCGGCGGCCUCGGGCUUGGCGGCAUCGGCUUGGCCAGGGGCGGCGGCGGCGGCGGCGGCGGGGCCAGGAUGGGCCUGAGCUAUGGCGGGGGCGGCAGGGGGCUAGGGAUGGGGAUGGGGAUGGGGCUGGGGCUGGGGCUGGGAGGGGGAGGAGCAGCGGCCUACGGAGGGGGCCUCGGCCUCGGGCUGGGGGGAGGCGGGUAUGGCCUGGGGUUGGGCGGCGGAGGAGGAGGCGGCGGGCUGGGCUACGGCGGCGGCGGCGGCGGCGGCGGCAUGAUGAUCAGCCCCGCCUUCACCAUGGGCCGCACGUUUGCGGCGGGGGGCCUGAGCGGCAGCUCGGCCCUGGCCGUGGGGCCCGUCCUGGGGCCCGUCCUGGGGCCCAUCCUCACCCGGGCGGCGGAGAAGCAGAUGCUCUCGGGCCUCAACGACCGCUUCGCCACCUACAUGGCCAAGGUGCGCACGCUGCAGCAGGAAAACGCCACCCUGGAGGCCAAGCUGUCCCUGCUGACCGGGGGCACCGACAUGUCCCCGGACUCGUCCACCACCACCAUAGAGUACGAGGCACAGCUCGGCGAGUACCGCAUCACCCUGGAGGGCCUCACCCUGGACACCAUCAAGCUGGAGGUUGAACUGGACAACAUCCGUGGCACCGCCCAUGAGCUCAAGGCCAAGCUUGAUUUUGAACAGGGCGUCAGAUUCCAGCUGGAGGCUGACAUUGCAGCCAUGAAGAAGGAUAUUGAGAUGGCGUCUGACCUGCGCAUUGAGCUGGAUGCCAAGUCCUCCAGCUUGAAGAACGAGCUGGACUUUAUAACCAAGACACAGGAGGAGGAGCUUGCCGGCUUACAGUCCAAGCUGGGCACCACCAACAUGGACACGUCCGUGUCGAUGAUCGAGGUGGACACCCUCAAAUCCUUCGACAUCUCAGAGGCCCUGAACAAGAUAAGGGAGGACUAUGAGAAGUCGGUGCGGCAGCACAAAGAAGAGGCGGACGCAUACUACAGACUCAGGAUGGACGAGAUCUCUACAGUAACAGCCAAGAGCACUGAAGCCAUCAGCAGUACCAAAAUAGAGAUUGCGGCUGCUAGAAAGGACCUGCAGGGCCUGGGUUUGGAGCUCCAGGCUCUGCUGACCAUGAACAUGUCGCUGGAGCAGCGUCUGGCUGAUGCGCAGGCGCUGUCGACGGUGGGCGUGGCGGAAUUCCAGGCCCAGAUAUCCAGUCUGGCCGCGGCCAUCGAGGCGGCCAAAGCGGACCUGCAGAAGCAGAUCAUCGCCUACCAGGAGCUGUUGGAUGUCAAGAUGGCCCUGGACGUGGAGAUUUCCACCUAUAGGAAACUGCUGGAGGGCAACGAUUUCAAGAUGUCAGAGUCCUUCUCAGGAGGAGGAGGAGGAUCCUACACCUUCACAGGUGGGACGGCAGGCAUAAGUGUCAUCUCAGGUGGGUCUGCAGGCAUAACUGUCAUCUCAGGGCACAGAGAGACAUCCGCCGUGUCCGAUGGAGAGGAGACCGAGUCAACUUGACCUCCACGUGGGCCCCUGAAGACAGCAAGACAUCGCACCUCUACCUUCCCCUUGAAGCCCCGCCCCCUACGCCCCCCACGCCCCCUACGCCCCCUCACCCUCCUACGCCAAAGACCUUUGGCUCCAGCCUACGCCCCUUCCGAGCAUGGACCCCUCACUCUUUGCCUACAGCUUAAUAAAUCUUCCAGCUUGAACCGGA